AUGAACCUUAAAGAACUUUUGCUUAGAGGAAUAUAUUCUUUUGGAUUUGAAAAGCCAUCAGCUAUCCAACAACGUGCAAUUGUUCCUUGUUGUACUGGAAGAGAUGUUAUUGCCCAAGCACAAUCUGGAACUGGAAAAACUGCAACAUUUUCUGUUUCGGUUCUUCAACGUGUUGAUGAUAAAGAUCCAAAUGUUCAGGCUUUGGUUAUGGCACCAACUCGUGAAUUGGCACAACAGAUUAUGCUUGUUAUGCGCGCUUUGGGUGAAUAUUUGGAGGUUAAAUUUCAUCUUUGUAUCGGUGGAACUUCUGUUCAGGUUUCUUUUAUAGUAGUACUAUUUUUCCAUAUCUUACAAGGGAACAUUCCGAACUGUCAGUAA